ACCAUGGAAGCCGAGGUUGCAGGACAAAAACGCAAGAAGCAGAGGUGCGUUUAAACUUUAACUCCUUUUAUUCACUCCAGUUAUAUGUCACUGCUUCUGUACAACUUUGGCCUAGUACUUCGUAACCUACAGGCUUAUCAUGAUUAAUCGAAAUUCAACACUGGAUUCGCGUCGUUUGGGCAAAGUGAAGCCUGUCUUGGUUUGUGACCAGAAAUGGACCACACGUACGGACUCUCGGGAGAAUCAUGGCCGCCGAGAGCUGCAGCUGAGCCGGCUGGGCUGCCGGGAAGCGCCCCGGAGACCGAGGGAAACGCCAGUGAUUCUGGAGGAUGUGGGACAACAAUACGUGGGAAUGAGUCUGCCAGUUUGUUGUACCCAGGCUGGAAAAAGAGCUGAUAUUGUUUCCCUGCAGAGGCAUCUGGGACACGCCAGGCGCUUGGCAUCAGCAAUUAAGCGGGGCCAGAGCUACUUCCACCUCCUGCGGAAAGAGGAACAGGAGGAGCAGGAGGAGGAGGAGAGGCAGCGGAUGAGGAGCGAGGAGCAGCUGAGAACAGAGCCACGACCUCCCAGUUUCUCGUCUGACUCAGACAGCGAUUCAGAAGCGCUGCCACUGCUUGCAGGAACCAGCUGGUCAGCAAGGCCACGCCGGAAGAAGAGCCAGUCAGCACGGCCUUUCACCCCUGUCCAUCACUCUUUGACCUCCCCUCUGCUGAGUCAAGCACCGAGGAAGGUUAUCUACCGCCAGCUCUGCUGUCUGAAUUGGCUGCUGGAGGCCUUGACUCUGGAUCGCUCUGGCAGAGUUGGCCCCCUCACUGCCUGCUGGGACCCCAAAGACCCUGGCCGAGGCAGGACCACAGUGAAGACGCUGAAAAGAGAGAGAGCCAUUGAGAAAAAAUGGGAGCAGUUUGUCUCAACCAAGCCUCGGAGAGCUCAUCCCAGGCGCCCUCUCAGCUCCUCUGCUCGCCUCCGCACCUGCAGAAAGUCUUCCUUCAGUGUGGCCUCCCUCUCGGCCCUCACCUCCACCACUGUGGGCAGCAGCGUGUCCUCUCUGGUGCCAGGCGCUGAGGAGGACACGGAGCUUUCAAGAGCAGCAGAGGAGAAAGACCGGCCUUCCUCAGAGUGUCUUCGUGCACUGCCAGAUGUCCACCAGAAAGUCAAGAAAGAGCGCCAAAGCCCACAAACCAGCAUCUUAGCAAACAGCUGUCCUGCCGAGCCCUCGUUAGCCAUCAGCCAUCUAAUCAACAUCAAGGCCACCAUGCUACUGGAAUUGAAAGCUGCCUUUGCCGAAAGGGUUGAGGAGAUGGCUCAGAGCUACGUUGACAUCCUGGAGCUCAAAGCCAGGGAGAGGUUAAGCAGCGGCCUCCAGAGGUAUCGACCCCUGUGUCACGUGGUCGAACCCCAUGGCCUUCCUCAUCAUGUGGCCUGCGUGUCCCAAGAGACGGAGGCUUCAAACAACAACAAUAAAAACAAGCACAGCAACAAUAUGUGGCUGUCCACUCUGCUGAGUAGACUGCCCAAGGAGGUGUGCAGGGAGCGUGGGGUAAGCCGGGUGCUGGAGAAGCUGAGUGGUUUUGCACAUCAGCAGACCCUCAGGGUUCGACCUCAGCUCUUCCUGAAGGUGCUGGGGGGUCUGGAGCCGUGGGAGCUCUGUCUGCCUGAGCUGUGUGUGGCCAUCCAGAUUGCCACAGAGCAUGUGGUCCAGAUCCCCAGGGAGGAGUACGAUGCCUGGCUGCAUUCUAGGGUCAUAGUGCCAAUGCAAACACCAGGUGAACCAUACUCAUUAAGACCUUGAGGAAGGUUAUAGGCAUGGACAAAUGGAUAAGGAGAACACAUGCACACCAGAGUUCAAGCUCAAGGCUGAAAUAGCCUAAAUUAAUUUUAAGAAUAAUGGGGCAAAACAUUAUGAGUAAAAGUGAUAAGUAGGGGUAGUUUGCAUGUCAGCCUGUUCUCUUGACUGGAAAAUAGAAGACAUUUGUGCCAUACUGAAAGCAGAAGGGAAAAUGUCAACCUGACAACAAUUAGUAACAAAUAACACAAAAAGAAACUCAGCAACUACAAGCUGGAAGACAUAAUCGUUAUUAUUUCAUAGUUAAAUGAAAUUUGCCAAAGAAAAGGAACAACUAGAUGAAAGGUUUAACAGUUUUUACACUAAUAGGCACAUGGGCACACUUGUAAAGGUAGGAAUAAACAUUGAGAUACAGGCACACACAACAAGGGGGAAGCGGGAGGUAAGUAAGUAUGUCUCCAGUGAUAAGUUAGCUUUUCUGUAUGUGGCACUCUUCUUUAUCUGUUCUAUCCUGGCAGCCAUUACUGCUCAUGCUGGCUACCCAUUUCUUCUUUUAUUUAUUCCAAAUAAACCGCUAUACUUGCCAAAUGUAAAAUUCAUUGUAAAUCCCACCCCUUGCUGUUUUGCAAGAACAUUUUUCCUGGAAAGACCUAUUUGACUCAGUGUUUACGCCACCAAAUGUACUGCAAAAGCAGAAGUGGCUUGGUUGAAUCACUAUCACAUACAGUAUUACCAGUUUGUAGAGAUCAGUGAAACAGACAUGAAAAUAUAACAGGCCAGUAUUUGAAAGUUUUUCUGCUAAAGUACAAGCCACAGAUGACCGAAACAAUCCAAGGGAUAAUGGAUAAACAAUCUAAUACACUAGCACUCAGUCGAACUUUCACAGUGAACUUUGAUCUCCUGAUGGGGUUGCGAAUAAAAGAGGUUGACCCUCAACUGUGCCUGUUAGAUAAGAUAAGAUUUACUGACUUGCUUCGAUCACCAUUUUGGACAAGUUGAAAGUUAAUAUGAGUGAAAAUCAUAUUUUGUGACUUUGAAUGUUUGAACCUAAUGUGGUUGAGAUGCACUUAUAGACAAAUAAACAGAUAAAUAUUAUGCAUGAUUGA